AUGUAUUAAUGUUAAAAAGUGUUUUAAAAUGAAGAAGAAGCCAAGGCUGCAGCCAAUCUAACUAUUAUGGAAAUCUUAGGCAAUCCAAGCUAUUAGGAAGAUGAGAAGUUCGACAAAUUGCUUAAUUCGUUUAUUGAACAAUAAUUGGAACUAGAAGACAAGAUUUAGAAGAUGAUUAAAUCCUAAAUAGAUGCACUCAAUAAAACUAAGACUUUUAUGGAUCACUGCUUUAACAAUGUUGAAAAAUGCGAAUAACAAAUAGAAAUUCUAAAUUAAGAAUUUGAUAAUGAUGCUCAAUUUCAUAAAGAAUUAGUCAACUAUGAGAAGAUAUUUUUUUAUCGCAAAAAUAUUGGAUUAAUGCUUGAUCAAAUGAAGUACAUAUUCAGAGUCUAAGAAGAAAUUGAUAAAAUGAAUUCUACAUUUUAAAGUGGAAAUUGUGAUUACGAGAAUCUUCAUUAUAAACUAAUUGCUUUGGUGGAUAUUCGAGAUAACAUCAUAGAAGCAGUUAAUACAUCUCCAUAAUCGAAAUAAGACUUAAGUGUUAUCCUCAAUGAAUUCAAAUGUCUAUCAGAAUUUGAGAACAAGUUCUAUGACAAGAUAUACGAGAUCUUUUUGACAACAGUUGAAGCAUCUAUCAAGAAACCUUAAUAAUUGAUAAAGGCAUUACAGAUCAUUGAAACUGCUGAUAAAUCUAGGGAAUUAAGAAAGAAGGAAUUGAUUUAUAAAAAAAGAGCCAUAGUAACUAUUUAAUAGGGCAUUGAUGAGAAAUUUAAUUAGAAAUUGAAGGAUGCAAAGGAUGCAGUCUAAAUUUUAGAGCAAUCUAAGUUUUCAUCUGCUGAUUUGAUUUUGGCAUUUGAUCACACUGUAAAAUGCUUCCCAAAACAUUAUGAUAUUUUUAAGAUUAUUGAAGAUUAGUAUAAAGUAAAUGUAGAAAAGAGAAUCCUUCCCUUCCUUGAAGAUGAGUAAAAGGUGACUGAGUCAUUUGGUACUUUAAUCAAUUUACUAAGUUGGGUUGAUUCCUAUGAAUAAUUGUUAAGCAGAGUUGGUGAACAGAGUGAAUCCUACGUUGCUUUAAGAUGCAAAGUUAAAUCUUACAUGCCCAUCUUUCAAGACCAUGUAAAUAAUUUAAUUAUCGAUUAUUCUGAAAAGGCAAUAAGAAAGGACAAGAGUGAAUAGCAAACUUUAGAAAACAUCACUAAACUUAUUAAAACUAAAUAGGAUUUAUUAACCUACUUCCCAGAAGAUAUAUUCCACUUUAUCAAUUAAUAAUUAGAUAUUCUUGGUCCAAAUCUAAAGGGAGAAAUAUUUAUUGAAUUUAUUCGUUCCGUCUGUGGUACUCUAUCCGAAGUCUUGAAAAAAGAAUGCAGAGAUUUUAUAAAUGAACUACCUAGCAGUGAGUAGGAAGGAGAAGUUUCACCUAUUUACCUGCUAGUUUUACAAACCAAUAAUUAUUACAAAUGCAUGACAUAUUCUAAUGAAACAAAGGAAUAUUGCUUAAAGUUUUGUAAUUAGUUAAUAUCAGAAAGAGUCUAAUAAAUAUUUUAUUAAGAUUUGACUGGAGGUUUCAACGAAAUCAUUAAUUUGUUGUUAGAAAAAUCCUGUAAGUUGGUUUUUAAUGAAAUUAAUGAUUAAAUUAUCCCAUUUCUAUUCUCACCCAAAUGGUAGAAUGAGAACUUGAUAGAUCAAGCAUUAUUCACUAUUAAGGAUUAUCUUAAGGACAUUUAAUUAUUAAUGUUAAAUUAGAUUCAUUUUAACAAGCUAGUCAAAUUGAUAUUCAAAUAACUAAUCACCACAUAUGAAGAAUAAUUAUUAUUUACUGUAUAAUUCAUUGCAGGCAUUCCUAAAGGUUACUUUCCCAAAUUGUUAACAAACCUGAGUUUUGUGAAUGAAUAGGAUAAAGAUAAGAAAAAGAAAGAAAAAGACAAGAAGGCAGCUAUUUAGAUGAUACUGUCUAACAAAGAGUUGGUUGUACCAUAAAUGCAGAGAGACAAGGAAGUCAUAAUGAAUUCUAUAGAAUAAGAUUAUAUUACUUAGGUCGGUAAGACAAGUGCUUAAUAGUUUGAUAAGAUCUUGACUACUCUUAUCAAAUCGAUCAACAAUCCAAAGAGUGAAAUUGAUGGAUUGCUUCAACUUUAUCCACAAAGUUUUGAAUCAUAUGCUGUGUAUAUUUUGGAGGUAGUUUUUUGGAUGAGAGAGGAUUGCGAUUCGAAAUAUAAGUAAUAAAAAAUGGAAAUAUUAAAUAAUUUAAUAAACAAGAAAUAAUGA